AUGAACAGGCUGGUUACCGUUUUGUGUAUUUUGUCUGUGGUGCACGCUGAAGACAAAUAUGCUCUGAAUAUUUUGCAUUAUAAUGACUUCCACGCAAGAUUUGUAGAAACAAGUCCCGCUGGCACAGUUUGUAACCCAUCAGUAGCACCAUGUAUUGGAGGCUUCGCCCGUUUGGCAACAGCAGUGAGGGAAGCUUUGGAAAGAGAGCCAGAUUCUCUACUACUCAACGGUGGAGAUAGCUUCCAGGGAACUAUCUGGUACAAUUUACUACGAUGGAAUGUAACCCAGGAUUUCAUGAAUAUGAUACCUCAUGACGCCCAUGUACUUGGAAACCACGAAUUCGAUAAUGGCAUCGAAGGCGUUGUGCCUUAUUUAGAACACUUGGAUUCUAAAGUAUUAGCAGCAAAUAUAAUAGAUGACUUAGAACCUACAAUCCAAGGACUAUAUUACCCUAGUAUCGUGGUAGAACGCAAUGGUCGAAGAAUUGGUAUCAUUGGUGUCAUUAUAUCCACAACUAAUGAAUUAGCGUCUACUGGACGUUUGAGAUUUACGGACGAAGUGGAGGCUGUUAGAGUCGAAGCAGCAAAACUACAUCAAGAUGGUGUUGAUAUAAUAAUUGUGUUGUCGCAUUGUGGAAUUGAAAUUGACAGGGACAUAGCGUUGCAUAGCGGACCACAUAUCGAUAUAAUCGUGGGAGGACACAGUCACACAUUAUUGUAUAACGGUGACCCACCCGAAAACUCAGCGUUCUUGCCCCAAGGACCAUACCCAGUUGUAGUACAACAAGAGUCAAGACAGGUUUUAAUUGUUCAAGCCGCUGCACACACGCAAUAUUUAGGCGAAAUAAAGCUAUUCUUCGAUAGCAAUGGAAAUCUUCUAGAUUGGGAAGGACAUCCACAUUACCUUGGAAAUGAAAUUGUUCAAGCACCGGACGUCUUGGCAAAGAUAAACGAAUACCUUCCUGUAGUAACGGAAAUGGCUUCGAGGGAAAUUGGAACUUCUUUAGUCCACUUGUCAUCGAGAUGUACAUGCUCCGAGUGUAAUUUAGGCAGCUUUAUUUGCGAUGCUUUCAUGGACGCCGCUUUAGAUAAAGCUGAAGGGACAAAUUGGCACUAUGCACACUUUUGCAUUAUCAAUCAAGGUGGUAUCCGGGUAGAUAUGGAGCCUGGUUUGAUUACAUUCGAAUCUUUGCUGUUGUCGACGCCCUUCGAAAACAAUGUGGAGGUGUUCGAUUUGAGAGGGGAUCAUAUAUUGGAAAUGUUGGAAUUCUCUGUGCGGAAUGUGCCGUAUCCAGGUGCAAGAAUGUUGCAAGUAUCGGGUAUUCAACCAACGAUUGACGGAUCGCGUCCGGUCAACGGGAGAGUUCUAAACGUAACUGUGCGGUGCAUCGACUGCGCAGUGCCCCGCUAUGAACCGCUGCAGCUCGAUAAAUACUAUAAAGUUGUUUCGCAAAGCUUCAUUGGCAACGGCGGCGAUGGAUUUUCAUUUGAAAAAUAUUACAAAGUUGUUUCGCAGAAUUUCAUUGGAAAUGGCGGUGGAGGUUUCAAUAUGAUCGCGGAUAACAGACGGAAUGUGGAGGCUAUCGGUGUUGACUAUGAUGUUCUCAUGCGGUACGUUGAAAAACAGAGCCCGGUUUUCAGCGACGUGGACGGAAGGAUACGAAUCGAAGACCCGUGUUCGGAU